AUGGAGUACCUUGCAAUUUUCGAUUCAGACUGGCUGCGUUACUGCAGAACCAUUGUCCCUAUUGAGAAAAAUGGCUUUGGCAACAACAAUACCUUGGGAAUAGGAUACAAUAUCACAUUCUUCAAUGGAGUCUUUCAAAAUGUAGAAAGUGUUACACUGUUUUUUGACUGUCUGGGUUCUCACUUCACUUGGCUUCAGUCUAUCUUCAGUAACUUCCCUGCACUGCUCAAUUUUGUGAACAAAAUGAAGUGCGUGACUGGACUUUGCCCAAGGGAUUUUGAAGACUAUGGCUGUUCUUGCCGGUUUGAGAUGGAAGGGCUUCCAGUGGAUGAAACGGACAGCUGCUGUUUCCAGCACCGCAAAUGCUAUGAAGAAGCAGUCGAGAUGGAGUGUAUGUGGGAUCCUGCAAAGAUUUCAACAGAUUUCAGCUGUCUUACCAAAAACCUCACCUGCAGAUCUGGGGACCCUUGUGAACAGUUACUCUGCAACUGUGACAAAGCUGCUAUUGAAUGUUUUGUGCAUUCACGCAUUAACUCUUCCUUGAACGGUCUGGAUGUCUCCUUCUGUCCCACUCUGGUUACAGAGUUUCUUCAUCACAGGAAUGAUAAAACACUGCUGACAACAACCUCCAUGGAAGAAGAUUUCAUGGAGAUCACUCCAUUUCGCAAUUUCUGUGAAAUCUGUGUAAUCGUGACUUGGGCUGUACAUGCAGCUCGUUUCCUGCGGGGUUGCUCACACUUCCUGCCUUUGACAGUGAUGUCUCCUGAGCCUGAUGAUGUGGUCCUGAGGACUCCCCAAGCUGGAGUGAUUGCAAGAGAGCAGGAAAGCACCACUGCUACCUUAACAGAGCCAACACAAAAAGUUACUACAGUGAAAGCCACAGACACAGCCCUGGAUACAAACAAAGGAUUUAUGGAGGCUGCUUUCACAGUGGAGGGAACAACCACAGCCCCUGCAGAUACCCACUCUGCAAACUCAAAAGAGAGACCCACGGAAAAUGCUCCUGCCAGGACAGCCAACAAAGACACAGCCGUGAAGAUAGGAGGAGAAGGCACGGCCUACUCUACUGUAUCUCCAGAAGUGCCACCUUCUGAUGGGGAGCUGGAGCUUGACCCCUAUGUGGGCAAAGUCUGCGACCGAUUUACCUUUCUGCAAAUAAGAGGGAAUGGGAAAGUGAAGCUGGAGCUGCCCCAGCUAGGAGAAAUGCUGUAUUGCUUGACUGACCGAUGUCCACAGGAAUUUGAAUCUUAUGGCUGCUACUGUGGCCAGGAAGGAAGAGGUUCUCCUGCAGAUGUACUGGACAGGUGCUGUUUCUCUCAUCACUGCUGUAUGGAACGAGUUAGAAAACUCGGAUGCCAUCCGGAGAGAAUUUUGAGAUCUGAAGUUGUGUGUUUCGAUCAUAAAACAAAGUGCAUCGGCUGGAGCACGUGUGAGAAACUACUGUGUUCCUGUGAUCAGACAGCUGCCGAGUGCAUGGCUGCUGCUGUUUUCAAUGACAGCUUGAAGAUCCUGAGCCAGCAAGACUGCCAAGAGGAGAAAGCUCUGUGUUGGAGUGGAACACAUGAAAGGCCUUCAAGUGGCUCAGGAAUAGGCACUAGAGCAUCCAGCUCUGAGGAGAGCAGUGAGGAGGCAGGUCUAAGGAGUGUUUUAAGAAGAGUAAAGAGAGGUGCACGCUUUUCAUUUGGAAAGGAUUACUUUGCACCACUGCAUGGGAGAUAGCCAAGCUUGAUCACCUGGUUGUAGAAUGGUAUAAAGGGCUCGAGAGUCAAAUAUUGUGUAUCCCAUUUUUUCUUUGAAAAAUUCUCCUUUCCAUUUCCGUACAGACAACUGAUCAAAAGAUAGACUAGGUUGCAAGUAUAUCACACUACAGUAUGGAACUCCUUAGUAGAGAGAAGCCUGCCUUGAGGGUCAUCUCUAGUAGGCCAGACCCUGUCUAAAAGUACCAAGUACAGUUUGGUGCAGAAUAAAGCCCCAGUUGAUUUUUGUUAAUGGCUUUGACAGUUGUCUAAGGCCAGACCCCUCACUCUGUAUCAUGGGUGAUGAUCCUUGCUGAAAACAAAAAUAAUUGAAGAGUUGGAAUUUCACAUCUUUUCAUUAUAAGCCCCCUAGAAAAAAUUCUUCCUGAGUUUCCUCUACUGGGACUAUAAUGUGAAAAUGUAUAAAAUUCUAAAUCCAACGUAUAUUACAUUAUUAGACCCAAAUUCUAGCAAGUAACCCAGAUUUUGAUGCAUGUCCUAUUUAUUAGCUGGCUUAAACCUAGUGAAAACUUUUGGCUAGGAGUCAGCUAGGUUUUUGUCCAUGCUUAUGAAGGCCUGCAAAGAUCCACAAACAUCCAUCAAACUCUGGCUAUGGACAGGCUCUUAGUUACAGCAGGGUUUCUCAGCCGGUGGGAUGUGAACGUCGUCUAGGUGGGACUUGGGUCAUGGCGGUGAAACUGGAAGUGCCACAGCAGGAUUUCCGGUUUUGCUUUUGUACGCUUUGAUUGGAUGGGUGACCCCUGCCUCUCUCCGAGAGGCCGCUGGGGGACCCCCCCCGCCUCAUUGACUGGUGGGACCAGGACUUUUUGACCUAACAUAGGUGGGACAUAAGGUGCAAAAGGUUGAGAACCGCUGAGUUACAGCACUGCAAAUUUCUAGGUACCUCGCAGUGCUGCAAAGCACGGUAAGAUGGGGGCCAUACAAGUAGUCCAGCACCCUUGCUGGGGAGCUACAAGCUGCACAGAGGUAAGCUCUCCAUCCAGGGGGUAAUAGAAGGCUGUUUCUCCAUUCCCCCUGCCUCAGGGCUGGGCAGUAAUUGAGAGCCUGCCCUCUCCCUUGUGGAGGAAAGGGGCAGUCUGUCGAUGAGUAGCUGGCAGCUGCUGAAAACAGAACCUGUGCAGGUAAUCCCCAUGCCCACCAUGGCAGCAAGGGCAAGGAGCACCGCUCUCCUCGGAGUGGGGAAAGCAUCAUGGAGGGCUGCGGGACCCCUGUUGCCUCACAUGAAACUGGACUGGUGUUAUAUGCAGAGCUAGAGAACAAAGUUGCUGCUUAAAAAACUAACAGUUCAUGGCUGAAGCACCAGGUUUUUUCCACCACAAACUGCCUGAAUGCCUGUACUCCCAGUUUGUGCUGGGAAAAGGGCUUAACAAACGAAUUGUCUGUCCAUGGCUUCAGAUCUGAUGAAAAGCAGAGAAUUUCCCAUUUGAGUUUCAUAAAUACUACACCUACGUAAUUGUACCCAAUUGCAGCUAAAUUGUGAUCUAUGGUUUUUGCGCUCCUUAGUGGGGCACAAACUCAAAAGAGAAGGGAAGGCAGCUAUGCAGUAUGUUCUUUUUAGCUUGAAAUUAAAUCACAACUAUCCUUUUAUUAUACAUUGUACAUCUUGUAGAGUGUGUAGGUUUCUGAUGGUGCUCAAACAUGGUGCACUCUUCUAAAUUGCUCUAUGCAGCUUCUAGCAAUACUUUUACUACUACUUUUGUAAUAGGAAGUUUGAAAUGGAAGGCAAGAAAGAUAAAACCAUUUUCAGACUAUUUUCACAUAAUAAGCAAAGUCAAAAUAUUUUCAAGUG